GGAGAGGUAGGAGCCACUGGGCCGGGCGCUCAGGGACUGCGAGGAGACCGGAGUCUCCAGAGAAAGGCAUUCAGGAUGAAUCUGGAAAAACUCAGCAAGCCGGAGCUCUUGACCCUCUUCAGCAUUCUGGAAGGCGAGCUAGAAGCAAGGGAUCUUGUCAUCGAAGCUUUAAAGGCCCAACACCGAGACACUUUCAUUGAAGAGCGCUAUGGAAAAUAUAACAUCAGUGAUCCUUUAAUGGCUCUUCAGAGAGACUUUGAAACACUCAAGGAGGAAAAUCAUGGGGAUAAGCAACCUGUCAGCCCCCACCCCCUGUCUGUUCUUAAGGCAGUGAUGAAGCAGUGCAGAAACAUGCAAGAACGUAUGCUGUCCCAACUGGCUGCUGCGGAGAGUCGACACCGCAAGGUAAUCCUAGAUCUUGAGGAAGAAAGACAGAGACACGCCCAAGACACUGCCGACGGAGACAAUAUCACCUACAUGUUGGAGAAGGAGCGAGAGCGACUGACCCAGCAGCUGGAGUUUGAGAAGUCCCAAGUGAAGAAGUUUGAGAAGGAGCAGAAGAAGCUGUCCAGCCAGCUGGAGGAGGAGCGCUCACGCCACAAGCAGCUCUCGUCCAUGCUGGUGCUGGAGUGUAAGAAGGCGAGCAGCAAGGCGGCCGAGGAGGGCCAGAAGGCCGGCGAGCUCAGCCUGCGGCUGGAGAAGGAGAGGAGCCGCGCCAGCCGGCUGGAGGAGGAGCUGGCGGCCGAGAGGAAGCGGGGCCUGCACACAGAGGCGCAGGUGGAGAAGCAGUUGUCCGAGUUUGACAUCGAGAGGGAGCAGCUGCGGGCCAAGCUGAAGCGCGAGGAGAAUCGCACCCGAACCCUCAAAGAAGAGAUGGAGGCGCUGAGAAGGACCCUGAGGGACCUGGAGGCCUCUCUGCAAGGGCAAGGCAGCGAGGCCGUAUCCCGGAGCACCGCCACCGAUCCCCCACAGCGGGCCUCCGCGUCCUGCCAGACAGAGAGUCCCGGGGAAAGGGCGGCCAAGGCGGCAACCGCCGGGACCCUGUCCCCACCCGCACACCCCUACGCCAAAGCCAAUGGCCACUGCGACGGGGAGGUGUGCCCAGGCAGGGGUGCAGAGAGCCCGGUGCCCCCAAGAGAGAGCGUGCUGGAGAAUGGGGGGUCUCCCGUGGGGCUGGAGCCCCCCGUGCCCCUCCCCUCACAGAGCUCCCCGUCUCCAGGCGGAACCGCCGCCUCCUCUCUGACCUCCUCGCCGUGCUCCUCGCCUGUCCUGACCAAGCGCUUGAUGGGGCCGGGGGCCGGCAGCCCCGGCUACCAGUCAUCGUACCAAGUGGGGAUCAACCAGAGGUUUCACGCGGCUCGGCACAAAUUCCAGGUCCAGGCGGAUCAGGAGCAACAGAGCGGCGGCCUGCAGAGUCCCCCCUCCAGGGACCUGUCCCCCACCCUUGUGGACAACUCGGCCGCCAAGCAGCUGGCCCGGAACACGGUCACUCAGGUGCUGUCCAGGUUCACUAGCCAGCAAGGGCCUAUCAAGCCCGUCUCUCCCAACAGCUCCCCCUUUGGCACAGACUAUCGCAAUCUGGCCUCUAGCGGUAGCCCGCGGGGCGACAGCGGCCACUCCCCCACCCCGGGGAAGGUCUCCAGCCCUCUGAGCCCCCUGUCUCCCGGGAUCAAAUCGCCCACCAUCCCCCGCGCGGAGAGGGGGAACCCUCCGCCCAUCCCCCCAAAAAAGCCAGGCCUCACCCCGACGCCGUCCCCUACAGCUCCCCUGACCAAAACCCCUUCCCAGGCCGCUGCCCUGAGCACCACGGAAGACCUGCCCGGCAGCUGCUCUGCCAAUGCGGUCGUGGCCAAUGGCAAAGAGCUCGAGAUCCUCCUGCCCACCAGCAGCUAGUGCC